GAAAUAAUGAAAGAAGUGUAUGACCUCUUAACAGAGCCUAAAAGGGCACAACUGAGAAAUAAUGGAAUGGCUUCUUGUAAUCCACAGCUUGGUGACUCUCCUAGUAUUGAUUUCUUUUCUCUGUGGCCAAUGGCCUAUUUUCCAAGGCACUUUCAUUGAAAAAAUCCACUUCUUCCUCACUUUUGGUGCCUGUGAUUAUUUCCGGCGGUUUGUGGGUGCUGUGUUUGGUCAAAAAGGCUCAGAUGCACUCUUCUGUGUUGAGUAUUAUUGUUGUGAUCGUCCUAAUCCUAUUCUCCAGGUCAUAUAUUUGGUGAUAAUUGGAGGCGGUUACUACUUUAUUGUGCAGUCAGCCUUUAAGUACAUUCCUGGGUAUUACUUAGGUGAAGUGCACAGGUACAUAAGCUUGUUGGCAGUUGGUGGGGGUAUUCUCCUCUUUCUAUUGACUAGCUUUUCUGACCCAGGAACUGUGAAUUCUGCGAAUGUUUCGCACUAUCUUUCUGCUUAUCCCUAUGACAAUAUUAUUUUCUCAGAAAAAGAAUGUCCUACCUGCAAGAUCCCAAAACCUGCUAGGUCAAAGCACUGCAGCAUUUGUGAUCGCUGUGUUGCUAGAUUUGAUCAUCAUUGUGGAUGGAUGAAUAAUUGCAUAGGCGAGCGGAACAUCAGAUACUUUAUGGCUUUUCUUAUCUGGCAUUUUCUUCUCUGUUUAUAUGGGGCAGUUGCUAUUGCAUUAGUGCUAGCUGGCAGACUGAAAGAACUACGGGUUAUAGAUAUUCUUACUGUUUAUUAUGGCUUCGAGAAAUCAUUCAGUAGUUUGGCUCCACAUGUUGUAGUGUGGUUGUUGGAUUCAUACAACACUCAAAUGCUAAUCAUGGUAUUUCUGGCUAUAGUUUCUAUGCUACUAGCCGGUUUCCUUGCAUACCACACCAAACUGUGUGUCACAAAUACCACAACAAAUGAGACUUUCAAAUGGCAAGAGUACUUAGACUGGAAGAGGAAGGUCAGCGAAGCAAAGGCAAGUGCAGCAGCUCUAAAAGCAAGUUUAGGUGAAUUGAACCAUGAAAAGAAGCACCCGGUGAGCAAAUGGAAAGCCUUCUUCCAAAGGUCCCGUCUUGAAGAAGUGGAGGUGGUUAAGAAUAACAUUUACGAUAAAGGAAUGCCCCAGAAUGUCUCUGAGAUUGUAUUUCCUCUUUCAACAAGACGGUCAUUCUUGAAGAGGAAAUCAAAAUCAGGUUAGAAUUUUCAGUUGGUGACCCAUACUCAUAGGGGCUCGGUAGCUCAUCCUUGGUCCAAUGUAUUUAGUCUAAUGGUUAUACUACUAAGGAGAAUGCACUAAAUGUGAAGCACGCUCGCUUUUCCCAAACUCAUCACUGACAAGUAUGGACAAGUCAUCUACCUUUAUUCUUGGGUUGGCAUGGCCAAUGCAGUUUAAUUGCACGUGAUGCGAGGAUGGACGAGUUCUCAGGAAGGGGGUUAAGUUCGUUCAGCAGUGUCACUUCCUUUUAUUUGCUGCGGUUGCAGCUGUUGAAUGGAAGUGCUUACUGUUCUUUUUUGUGCAUUUCUGCUUCUUUCGUAUUUCUAGGUUAAAUUUCAAUUUUUAUUUAAUUUCUUAUACCUUUUUGCUGCUUAGCAGCAAAUUUUCACAUGUACUAUGUAAUAGGACGAGAAUGAGUGCUUGAUAUUUGUUGCAAUCCGGAGUUUCAUGUAUCCACCAGCAGUGGAACUGGAGUUCAGAUAGAAUUCAAAUGAAUUUUGUGCUCGUGCAGCCCAAAAAGAGAGAGAAUGUACUCAGCAGCUGAACUUUUUUUCUUUA